AUGAACUUUGUAAACAUCUUGAAGUUCGCCAAGUCUAUUAGCCUUUCUGGUCCUGUUCAGAGUGUUCAUGAAUUUGCGCAAACUUUUCUCGGUCACCGGCUUUUCCAAGUGGCGGCAGCAGAGGCGGAGGCAGAGGUAGAGGCAGAGGCUGGUAUGGAGAUCGGACAACUUGAGCCACGGCCGGAGGCAACUGAGGAGGCCACUCGCGACGGGUCGGAGGAGGCGGCAGCAGAGGCAGCAGUACAUGCUGGUAUGGAGAUCGAAGCAAACCCACGGCCGGAGGCAACUGAGGUAGCCACUCCCGACGGAUCGGAGCCCUUCGGGGGUCCCACGGCCGAACCAGACCCGACCGAGAGGGGUGGCAACGCCGAACCGGCCGUCUUGGAGCGAAUUCGAGUGUGUCUCGCGAAAGCGGGAGAUACAACCUCCACCUUCGACAGGCUGAAGAAGUACCCAGCCGGCGACAUGUACGUAUAG